CGAGACUCUCGCCGCUUUACACAGGGAAAGCUGGAGACUCCUUGACAUCUCUGGCUUCCUAGAGACGGGCGUUUUUCACUGUAUUUUACUCGAUAUUUCUGCUGUUUUCAUCAGAAUGCUUCUGGAGGUGGUCUUGCUGCUCGUGAGCUUGUUCGCAUGCCUGUGGGCGUGGGGCAAGUGGUGCCACGGGCAUUGGGCACGACUAGGGGUGCCCUCGCCGCCCGCCCGCCCCUUCACCGGCCACUUGCACCACGUGUUCUCUUCGACGAGGCCGGUGUGGGAGUGGCGGGAGGAGGCCUACCUUCGCCAUGGUGGGCAACGCGUCUGCGGCCUCUACAACUUCCUCACGCCGCAGCUCCUCGUGGGCGACCCGGAGCUCCUGAAGGGCGUCCUCGUCAGGGACUUCGAUCACUUCGUGGACCGGAGGCAUCUCGACCUCGCGGGACCUGAAGACCAGCUGUGGAACGACAUGUUAAACAACGCGACAGGAGACCGAUGGAAGCGCAUCCGAGCAGCUGUGACCCCCGCCUUCACCUCAAGUCGGCUCAAAGUCAUGUUUCCUCUCGUCGCCGAAAAAGCUGGAGUUCUGGGCCACGUCGCGAGGUCCCUGGCGAAGCAGAGCGAGAAGGUCGAACUGAAAGGUCUGCUCGGUCGCUUCAGCAUGGACGCGACGGCCUCCUGCGGCUUCGGGAUGCAGUGUGACUCUCUGAACCACAAGGAGAGCGAGUUCUGCAGGAUCGCGGCCGUUAUUUUCAACCCAACGAUGUGGCGGAUCAUGAAAUUAACCAGCUUCUACAUCGCGCCCCGCUUGUGUCGAGCGCUUGGUAUGAGAGCGACUAGCGACGGUCUGCUGUACUUCGCUAAGGUUGUGGCGGCGACGCUGAACAACCGGCAGGAGACCGGGGAAACCCGCGGGGAUUUUCUCGACCUCAUGAUCGAGUCGAGAAAAAUUGUUGAUGAGGCGAACCCUGGGAAACGCAAGCAUGCUCUCGACGACAUAACGGUCGUGUCUCAAGCCGUGGUCUUCCUCCUCUCUGGAUACGACAACAACGCCACGACCCUCGCCUUCUGCUGCUACUUCCUCGCCAAACAUCCCCACCUGCAGGAGAAGGCGAGGGAAGAAGUCCUCCGCCUCCAGCGCCUCCACCAGGGCGAAGGCGACGAAGGAGAAAUCUCUUACGAAGCCCUAGCCGAAGCCAAGUUCCUGGAUGCCUGCGUGUCCGAAACUUUGCGCUUUUAUCCCAUCGAAACCUCGUUCAACCGUCAGUGUGUGAAGGACUACAUGUUAGGCGACACAGGCCUGGCAGUGAAGGAAGGGACGGUGGUGGAGGUGCCCGUGUGGUCGCUCCAAAGGGACCCGCGGCACUGGAAGGACCCCGAGGUCUUCAGGCCAGAGCGCUUCCUGCCGGAGAACAAGCACGAGAUCACCCCGUUCACUUACCUCCCCUUCGGUGCCGGACCCAGGAACUGCGUUGGUCAGCGCUUCAGUUACAUGGUAAUUAAGACCGCGUUGGCCUACCUCCUGAAGGCGGUGGUCAUGGCUCCCGCAGAAGGCCACGAAGGACCUCCGGAACUCGCCAUCAGCCCCGUGAUCCUCAGGCCAAAGAACGGGGUUUACGUGACCUUCAAACCCGUCACGGGCGAUGUGGGAAAUUAAGCGGGAUGCGUUUUAUUUAUUUUUGUUUCUGUUAUUAUUUUUAUUAUUGUCUUUCAUUGGAAAGAUGUGAUCAUUUGUUCGAUUUUAUAAAUUUGAUUUCUUUUUCU